GGCUUUGACUUGGUCGCAGAAAAUGAAUGGCUCUGUCAGCCAGCGUCUGAAGACUACGAGGGCCCUUGCCAAGGCCCAGUCACCUUUGACAACUUCAACGUGGACAUGUUGGAAGAAUGGUCGCUGCGUUGCCAAGCGCGCUGGCCCUGCUUGGGCGUGACGUCUGCGGACAUUGAGCGGGAAUUAGACGCUGUAGCUGCUCCUUUGUCCUUUCUGGCCAGCGCCAGGCGUGUGGCUGCGACCUAA